AUGGCUGUUUCAUUUCUCAAAACAGCAAUUGUUGCAACAAUUGCAGCUGGCAUUGGCUGUGAUGCCGCCGUCCUCGACAAGCGGGAGAUUGCACUGGGAGGAGGUAACAAUUGGCACAAAUACGUUCGCUCUCCAGCUACCUCAAUCGUGAAGCCCAAGGCUAUUCUGUCGGCAAAUACCACAGGUUAUGUGGUUAAUCCAAGUGGCUUGCUUGAUAGUCAUGGGUCUCCGACAGUCUUGACACGUAAAGGAAGUGACGACAAAGUCCCGUCGAUGGUGGUGGAUUUUGGACAGAAUGUCGUUGGAAUAGUUUCCAUUAACUUUGCUGGUUCUACCAAUUCUUCACAAGGAUUUCCAGGCCUGAAGCUGGCUUUCUCGGAAACCCAGCAGUUUUUGACCAAUACUAGUGAUUUUACUAGAUCGGAUAAUAUGCCGGAGGGCCAAAAACUUACCAAUGGCACCGACCAGAUCGCCGUCUCAAAUGGUCCAUAUACAUGGAAAGACAAGACUGGCUGUCAACAUGAUACAAAAGUAUGCUCUGAUGGGGUUCAUGGGUUCAGAUACAUGAAAAUCUGGCUCGAUGCCCUCGAAAAUGAUGCCCCGUACGCACAACCAUACGGAUCGGUAUCCAUAUCAAACAUUGAACUCGAAUGGUCCGGGUAUCUCGGAACGCCAGAUACUUUUACCGGCUGGUUCGAAUGCUCUGAUAAGGAUCUGACGCAGUGGUGGUUCGAUGGCGUGUACACUGCUGAUAUGGGCACUGAUAUUUUCCUCGCUAACGAGACCGAUCCAAGAGACUCGGCUACACCUACAUUGGAGGGCAAAGAAGUUCUCUUCGACGGGGCUAAAAGAGAUAGAGAUCCCUAUGUUGGUGAUCUUGGCGUUGCUGCACUUACUUCGUAUCUGUCGCAUGAUAAUCCCGACUCCGUUCGCAAUAUUUUGGCGGAUUUGGCAGAGCACCAGAGGGAUGAUGGCUGGAUUCCUCCAGCUAGUAUCAAUAACUAUACCCUCAAUCUUUAUGAUUAUCCUAUGUGGUGGGUGGUCUGCACCGUCGAUAUGGUCAUGUAUACUGGCGAUACGGACUUUGCGGCCCAAUACUACGACGUGAUGCGAAAGACACUGGAUAAUUACUAUGGCCAGGAUCUUACCUCGACUGAUGGCCUCCUUAACAAGACAAAUGGCUACGGUGACUACGCAUUCCUCCCUCGCUCCGGCGUCAUCACAUACUACAAUGCCCUUUACGCCCAUGCAUUGAAGUCGGCAGCCAAGUUGGCCAACAUACUCGGCCAUGGUACCGACCGCGAUACCUGGACUUCUCGAGCCAUUGAAGUCAACAAAAGACUGUUGGCCAGAAACUGGGAUGCCUCUGUUGGAGCAUUCUACGAUGGUGGACCCUGCCCCGACAAGCCUGGCAACACGAUCUGUGAUGUCCACGCUCAAGAUGGGAACGGCCUAGCGGUUCUUGCGGGCACUGUGAAUUCGUCCUUGGCUACCAGCCUGCUAGGCUAUUAUGGCAAAUCUACCGCUCGCCCCUACGGCAAUGCCUUCUAUGACAAUGAUUCACUUCAGGCUGGAUUUUCGCAGCGCGUGUACGCUUUCAUUUCUUACUUUGAGCUUGCUGCGCGCUUUGCUACGCAAGGGGCUGCGGGAUCUGCCUAUGAGGAAUUGAAGCGUCUUUAUGGGUGGAUGUCGACUCAUGAUCCUGAGAUUACAUUCUGGGAAGGAAUUGGUCCGAACGGAUCUCCUUAUGAGGAUGGAUUUACCUCCAUGGCGCAUGGUUGGUCAACAGGUAUCGUGCCUCUCAUGAGUAACUACGUCCUGGGCGUCAAGCCCACUGGCCCUGGUUUCAAAACCUGGGAAAUUUGCCCUGUUACUGAAGGUAGUCUCACCUGGUCCCGUGGUCAGGUUGGCACACCGCAUGGCCCUAUCAAAGUCUCGUGGAGUAAGAAGGGCAAUGAUAGCUUCGAGCUUCAGAUAGAUACUCCCACUGGGACCAGCGGUGUUGUUUGUGUACCGGUCACAGGUUCCAAGAAUGAACAGGUUUAUGUCGAUGGAGAGAAAGCCGAAGCCGAAGUGUCUGCGGCCACUGAUGAGUCAACUGCAACUGCUAGGGUCAUCAAGACUAGUGGCGGCUCCCAUGAAAUAUUGGUUAGAGCCUAA